UGUUCUGCUUGGCUGGCGGCUUUCGGCUCGUGAGAAGCAGAUCCGUCUCGGGGUCAUGGAUUUUGAAAACCUUUUCUCCAAACCCCCCAACCCGGCCCUCGGCAAAAAGCCGGCCACGGACUCUGAGGAAAGGCCAUGAUUUGCGCAAGAUUGUAAAGACCGUAAUAGAGCAUCAGACUCUUUUGGAUUUAAUGUUGGAACCCUGAUGGCGCGGUGGUUAAGAGCUCGGCUGUUAACCAAAAGAAUUGAUGAUGAAAUCGAUGCUACAGAAGUUGAAGAAAUACACGAAGAGAAAAUAAAACUGGAAUGUGAGCAAAUUCCCCCAAAAUUUAGGCACUCUGGAAGCUCUGUGAUACCACAGAAGAGUUUGCAUCUUAGGAAAUCAAGAAGUAAGGACUACGAUGCGUAUAACGAUGACGAUGUCUGCAGUUGGGGAUCAGAAGAUAAUUUUGCUGAAGAGCUUAAACGAUACAUACAAGCUAAAGAAAUGGCAAGUACUGCUCAACCUUCACUGUUCCCUGUAGAAUCCGUGACGAAAGAGAGGGCAAAAGGUACCCAGCAAACGGUUAAACAAAAAAAUAAAAAUUCUAAAGCAGGCCACAAGAAUGGCAAACAGAAGAAAAUGAAGCGAAAAUGGGCUGGCACUGGAAACAAAGAAUCAAGUGCUUCGUUGAGAAAAAAUGGCUCCCAGGAAGAGGAUGGUAAACCUAAGGAGAAGCAGCAGUGUGUGAAAAUGAGCCAGGGAUUCAUCAACCAGCAUACAGUGGAACGAAAAGGAAAACAAAUUUGUAAAUAUUUUCUUGAGCGGAAAUGUAUUAAGGGAGACCAGUGUAAAUUUGAUCAUGAUGCAGAACUAGAGAAGAAAAAGGAAAUGUGUAAAUUUUAUGUGCAGGGAUAUUGUAACAGAGGUGAAAACUGCCUGUAUUUGCAUAAUGAAUAUCCAUGCAAAUUUUACCAUACAGGAGCAAAAUGUUAUCAGGGAGAACAUUGCAAGUUUUCCCAUGCUCCACUGACUGCCGAAACACAAGAACUGCUAGCUAAAGUUUUAGAUACUGAAAAGAAGUCAUCAUGUAAAUAAAAAGAAAACAGACAUAAAAAGCUUUGUACAGAUGAAGAGUGCUUACGUGUAUGCCUGUUCAAGAUUGUUCAACACUGGCGAUUUGAACUGGUUUACAGGAUUGCUCAUUUAAAGCGCCCUCUUCUGUCAUUGUGACAAAGUGCAGCUUUAAUGAAUGACUCAGAGGGAUGAGAUGUAGUGGACAAGUGAGGGGGUUUGUCUUUACUGAGAUAUUCCAGCCACUGGAACAGAAAAGCAUAUAUGGCACAGGUGCUGACUAGUAGGUAAAUGUUGUGGUAGUAAAUUACAGAAGUCUCUGAUUGAGUUGGUUUUUUCAGUAAAACAGGAAGCAGGGUUAGGAUGAAUGAGGAUAGGUGAAGGUUAGAAUGUUUGAGGAGAGAGAACUGUUAGGUAGUUAUCUAGAAAGACAUUGAUAUGAUAUACCAAAAACUACUGCCAUCCAGUUGAUUCCAACUCAUAGUGACCCUAUAGGACAGAGUAGAACGGCCCCACAGGGUUUCCAAGGCUGUAAAUCUUUAUAGAAGUAGACUGCCACGUCUUUCUCCUGCAAAGCAGAGUGGUUUCAAAUUGCCUUUUGGUUAACAGCCAAGAGCUUCAACCACUGCACCACCAGGGUUCCUUGAUAUAAUAUAUGGACUAUAAAAAUACAGUUAGAUCUUUUCGUGUCACUACAUACUUUUGCAACAUUUUUAAUGGUUGCUCACAGUUCUGUUUUAUGACUUAAAAUAAAUUCUGGUUCUAUGAUUUUUUUUUAACCAAUUUCCUGUUGUUGGAUAUUUGAGUUGUUCCCAGUUUCUUGCUAUUAUAAAUAAAGUGAAAUAAUGUUCCUUUCUAUACUAUUUCUAAACUUGGAGUUCUUAGAUUUUCUGUUGUUAAAAUAGAAGGUUGUUUAUCUUUCUCAUUGGGUCUUAAACUGUAGUCAGAUUAUGCCCUUGUGUAAUAUAAAAUUUUUAGUAGUGUAACAGUGUCUUUAACAUAAUAUGCAAAUAUGUAAUUUUCCAAAUGCAAAUAAUAAUGAGAUUUUUAAAUAUGUACUUUUACCUAGUGAUACCAAUUAUUAUUAGAAAAAUACCAUGAAUCUGAGACCAUCCUCAUUGUACUUUUUUAUUGCUAGAAAAACUAAUAGCAUCAUCAACUUGUAAUACAUAGAGUAUGCCAAAGAUAGAGUCACUUCUUAUCAAAGUCUUAUUUGAAUAUAGAAGUCACAGCUAUUUUGGGUGUAACCUAAUCCUGUUAGGCAAGAAAGGGAAUUGCAUAUACUCCAAACAAGGGUUAACCAGACAAGACCUAGGAAGGAGGAAACCAGAAUAGAUUGGGACCUUAGCAGUAAACAAUUGAGAGCUGAGAGUAAAUAUCUCUCAGAGCCCAGUUGCUGUCUCCUAGGUUGAUUGCUCUACUCCCUGGCUGUGGUUAAAUGCACUAGAGGAAGUCACAGAGAAGGUCCAUUACAAAAACCUUCAAUAAUUUAAAGAAAUUGCUCAAGGGAGUGGUUAUAUGACCCAUAGAAUAAGGAUCAUGCACAACUUAAAGGAAUUCAGGAUCCGGUCGUAGCUUACACUUACAGAAGGUAAAUUUUAUGGCAAGCCUGAAUAUAAGCUAACCUUGGCAAACAUGUACAAUAAGCUAACAUUAAUGUACACUUGCUGUGUACCAGUUACUCUGGUAUUUUAUACCAUUUGGCUUCCUUAUUUAAGCCUCAUGUCAGCCCUCUGAAGUGGAUAAUAUGAUCCAUUAUGUGUAGAAGGGGAAUAAAUAGGGACAUUUAACUUGUAUAUUUUUUUGUUUUCAUGAAUGAACCUUGUAAAAACUUGUGUUUGAUUUUAUAUGACAAUUUAAUAUUUCAAUU